AUGUCCCUGGAGUACAUCCUCGCACCCUCGUCCCCUGCCCGCAUCAAGAAGGAGCCUGAGAACGACACCGCCGCCGCCAUGCCCCUCAAGCGCGAGCCAGGCACCGACGACGAAACCAAGCAGGUCAAGAACGACGCCGAGACCGAGGAGCACAAGAUCGCCCUCAAGCAAGAGAACAAGCCCGUCGAGGACCUCGCCCGCACCGCCCCUCGCCCCUACGCCAACAUCCCUGACCAGGGCGGCAGAAGCUGGACUUGUGAGUGGUGCGAGUUCACCUACACCGACAUCAAGGAGCUAUACGCUCAUUGCUACGUCCACCUCGGCUACGAGACCACCAGGUGCGUGGCUUGCAAUGUCCGUAGCAGCGACAAUGCUGCUGCCAAGAAGCAUGCUACGGGCGGCAAGCACACAAACAACCUGCGUGCCCUGGGUGUCCAGCAAUAG